GAGGGCUUUACUGAAGUGACCGCUUACCGCCCUGAGCUGAGCUCCAGGAGGGCUGACUGGGAGUUGGCUGUCCUGUUGCCUGUGUGACCUUGGGAGUUGACCUAACGAGAGUGUAGGGAGGGCUUAGGGCACUGUCUCCCCCCACCCUUUGCCUUUUCCCUUCAUCGCUCCACCCUUUGUGGCGCCUACCCCGCCCUACUGCCCUAAACUGUUUCCUGGGCCGGAAUUGUUGGGUUCUUUACGGACCCAGUAGACGACUGUGGGGGGGGGGCGAAGGUCGCAGCCCUUGACCUUCAGGAGCCAUGGAGCCCAGCCGGGCGGCGCCUGGGGCAUACAGCUGGGGCCCCCGAGUGGCCUCGGGGUCAGGGACGGCCGCGGAGCUGGUGUACCAUCUGGCGGGAGCCCUGGGCACCGAGCUCCAAGAGCUGGCGCGCCGUUUCGGGCCGGAGGCAGCGGCUGGGCUGGUGCCGCUCGUGGUGCGGUCGCUGGAGCUCUUGGAAAAGGCAGCGGUGGGGCCCGCCCCGGACUCGCUGCAGGUGUCUGCGCAGCAAGCCGAACUGGAGCUGCGGCGGCUGCGGGCGGAGAACGAGCACCUCCGCAGGGAGUUGCAAUCUGGGCCACAGGAGGAGCGCGCACUGCUGCGGCAGCUCAAGGAGGUGACUGACCGACAGCGGGACGAACUCCGGGCGCACAACCGCGACCUGCUGCAGCGCAGUCAGGAGACCGAAGCGUUGCAGGAGCAGCUGCAGCGCCUCCUGCUGGUGAAUGCGGAGUUGCGGCAUAAACUGGCCGCGGUGCAGACCCAACUGCGCGCCGCGCAGGACCGGGAGAGGGAGCGCGAACCGCAGCUCCGAGGCACCCCUGAGCCUGCUAAAGAACAGGUGGCAGCCAGCUCAGGAGCCCUGGGGACCCCUGAGGACUCAGUGGAUGCCCAGCAGCAGCCAGGGCGCACCUCAGAGGCCGGGCAAUGCGGCUUCAGUCGCGAGGAGCUUCAGCAGAUCCUUCAGGAGCGGAAUGAGCUCAAAGCCAACGUGUUCCUGCUCAAGGAAGAGCUUGCCUACUUUCAGCGGGAGCUGCUCACAGACCACCGGGUCCCAGGGCUGCUCCUCGAAGCCAUGAAGGUAGCUGUCAGGAAGCAGCGGAAGAAGAUCAAGGCCAAGAUGUUAGGGACGCCAGAGGAAGCAGAGAGCAGUGAUGAUGAGGACGACUCAUGGCUCCUGCUCUCCAGCGAUAAGGGAGACCACCCCCCACCCCCUGAGUCCAGAAUAAAGAAUUUCUUUGGCUUGUGGUAUCGAGGUGAAGCAGAGUCCCCUGAAGCUGAGACCAGCAGCUCCGCCCCCAGCAAGCUAGGGGAAGAAGAGGAGGCCCCGCAGCAACCUCACUUGGAGCCCGCCGGCAACUCUACAACCCCCAGCUCCUGACCAGCCCAGCCCUGCUCUGUUCUGGAUGAACAUCUUUGUCUGGGGGCCUCGGCUGCCCCUGAGGCCUGACUUUGGGGUCUGGUAUAGCUGGAUGUAUGAUCUCCAAUAGGGAGAGAGCCCCCUCCUUCACAGCCUUCUCCAAUGUUCUCCAGUCCUGGCCUGCACCAGGGCAUGACGGGAACUCAGCCUGCCUCCAGUCCUUACGUCUCUGCACCAAGCCUCUGGGGCCAGAUACAAAAGUGCUUCCUCUCUGCGCCUCAGUUUUCCAUUCAUGAAAUGCAGAACUGGCUACCUGCCUCCUAAGGGUUUGUGCAGAUGGUCUGUGUUAAUGUAAUAAAGCAACUGCCCAUA